AUGUCAUUGGAUAAUGAUGAAGCACAAGAGUAUCAAGCUGUGAUACAGGCAUUGACCUCUUUUCUCAAUUUCCACAACUAUCAACUCGAAACAUUAAUUAAACCGAGAGUAGAUACAUUCACUUCACUUUCUGUAGAGGAUAAAACUCUUAUUGCAUCAUGGUACCAAAAACACACAAGCUAUUUAAAAGAAGCCAUUGAUCUCAACAGUGAAUUUACCAAAGAUUUGGCAAGCAAAGUAGCCGCAGAUUGGGGUAUACAGCCACAAUCUCCUGAAAUGUGGGGCAGUGAUUGUUAUACUGCUCUUCAACUUCAUCAAUUGGAAAAAACCCAAGGUAUAUUGCUUCAGUUGAUGCGGGAAUGGAGUGAUGAGGGUUUCAAAGAAAGACAAGUGGGUUACAAUUUGAUUAUGCUGGAGUUGGAGCAGUUGUACCCUGAAACCAAAACCCGACUGACUGUUAAUAUCCUCGUGCCGGGCUGUGGUUUGGGAAGAUUAGUUUUCGAAUUGGUAUGCAAAGGUUUUAAAACGCAGGGCAAUGAUUGUGACUAUCACAUGUUGUUUACGAGUAAUUUCACACUCCAGCACUGCUGGGUUGCACAUAAUUAUUCCUUCUUUCCAUUUUUGGAGGAUCAACAACCGCUAGGCAAUAUUGGUGGUGCUAGUGGUGCUAGUGGUGCUAGUGGUGCUGGUGGUGUUGGCUGUACUGAUUAUGGUAAUAUCAUUAAUCAUAGCUCAAGGGCUAUGCAGUUGCGGCCAGUGACAUUCCCUGAUGUAUCGCCCUCGGCGCGCUUAUCAGAACUACAAAGUGAGAAUCCCGGAAUCUCAUAUGAAGAUAUGGUGUCAAUCACUGCUGGGUCAUUUGUCGAGCUAUACGGAGAUGGAAAGGAUGAUAAGGACGAAAAGAUACGAAAGGAAUUAUUAAGUGGCGAAAAGUUUGAUGUCGUUGUAACAGAAUUCUUUUUGCACACAGCUGAUAAUAUAUUGGAUUAUAUCAGAACAAUUCGGGACCUGUUAAAGUCAGGUGGAAAAUGGAUCAAUUUUGGACCAUUACUGUACAGUACACCCAAACCUUCUAACAAUGUGUUGGGUUUUGCCAAAGAAGACCUCGUUGAAUUGAUUCCGAAAUUGGGAUUUGAUUUUGAAAAGCACGAGAUGUGA